UACCUGUUCAGUAUAUAUAACCCUUCACUCAUUCAUGCAGUAUUGUGUCUUCAACAAGCAACUCCCCCAUUAGUAAUAACAUCAUAGCUAGCUGCUAUAAUACUUUUCAUGGCUGCCCCAAACCCAAACCAUGCACAAAAAAAUCAAUGCAAUUUCUCCAAAGACUUUGACUACUCCCAAAGGGCACAAUGGCUUCGAGCCGCCGUGCUAGGAGCCAACGAUGGAUUGGUUUCCAUUGCAUCAUUAAUGAUGGGAAUUGGAGCAGUGAAAGAAGAUGCUGAAGCGAUGGUUCUUACUGGAUUUGCAGGGCUGUUUGCCGGUGCAUGUAGCAUGGCAAUUGGAGAGUUCGUCUCCAUGUACUCCCAACUAGACAUAGAAAUAGCCCAAAUGAAGAGAGAGAAGAGAAUGACAAACAAUGGACAGAAUGAAGAAGAAAUACAAAAGGAGAAACUCCCCAACCCUUUUCAGGCGGCCUUGGCCUCAGCCCUGGCCUUUGCUUUAGGUGCCGUAGUACCAUUACUUGCAGCUGCUUUUAUAGCAAACUAUAAGGUGAGGCUAGGAGUUGUGGUGGCAGCAGUCACCUUAGCAUUGAUUGCGUUCGCAGGAGUCGGGGCGGUGCUGGGUGGGACAUCAGUGGCGAGGUCUUGUCCUAGGGUGGUGCUGGGUGGCUGGAUGGCGAUGGGUAUUACAUUUGGGCUUACUAAGUUAAUUGGCUCCAAUGGUCUGCAAAUGUAAUUACUAAGUUUACCUUCGGUUUCAGCCUUCCUAAUUUGUUGAAUAAAAGAUGGGCUAAAAAAAAUGCUGUUAACACAAAGAAAAUGAUGUAUCAUAUGAGCAUCCUACGCUUAGUUUGUAUUUUCUACAAGGCUUUAAACUGUAUUGUGCUGAAUUAGAAUAAAUAAAGUUCAUGCCAAUGGUAAUAACUCAUUUGCAAAUGUUCCAAAAAUGAACUUCCUAGACAUAAUGGAUUACUUCCUUAUCAAUAUAUUCCAUCUUACUUUACUUUCUAAAAUCAACUCUCUUAUGCAUACUCGCGGAUUCCAAACAAUUAAAACCAGUAUCAACAGCUGCUACCACUGGAGAGAGAACGAUAAUGAUAUAACAAAAGGCGAAAACAUUACAAGGUAACAAGAGUAAGGUUUUAUAAAAAGGAAAGAACGUGCGAAUAGGAAAAACCACGAAGAAUAAUUUGAUUAACCACAAUAUCAGCAACAUGUGACAAGAAAGAAGCUCGAAUCUAUGAAUAUAAAACAGAACAGCUAAUACAACUUCCACAAAAGAUACGAAAAACAACUAAAAGUUGCAACAUACUACAGGGGGCUUACUAUAAGGCCCCAGUACCCUUCAUGCGGACUUCAGUUUGGAUUCAAUCAAUCCUAGUCUGCUCAGAUCGUCUAUUUUGAGUCUACAGAUCAAUCCAACGGUAAUUGAUCCCAACAAUAAAUUGAAGCCCUUCAUUUAUCUUCAAGGAUAAAGCAGGUCCACUGGGUUGUUAGUUUAUAGUCAGAAAAGUGAUCCAAAUUCUCCCCAAGUAGGAUUUGAACCUACGACCAUAAUAAGAAGUCGAG